GUGAGUACCUCUGUGGUGAACAAACAGCAAAGUGUUGCGCGGGAAGCCUCGAUUUAGACAUCGAGCAAAUACUUCUGCGGCAGCGACAGGAGGGAAGACUGUAUCAACAGCGAAAGUCGACCGGGAACCGUAGUUCUAUCCACCGAUUUUCUAUCUAAGUGAGGAAAGGGCAUCAGGAGCGGGGUCGCGAAUUGGCCUACAACCGGAGUUCUGUUCACCAAUUCUCAAUCUAAGUGAGAAAAGGGUUUCAGAAGCGGGGUCACGAAUCGGCAACCGGCGUCCUCUAUAUCAAUAGAAGGAGCGGGGCUGGAAGAGUCUCAGAGACAGAUAGCUGCGUAAUACACCAACAAAAACAUUCACGACGAGAACAUCAGGAUAAAACCAGAAAUGGAAGCAACAUCGGGAACUGGAGGCGAAGGUAGCAUCUGGAGUGAUGGAUCCACAAACCUGGCCAACGUCAUCAGAGGACUCCCCAAGUUCGAUGGAACGAAACCAGAGGACGUCAACGACUGGAUGAAGAAAUUGGGUGUGGUCGUCGGCGUUUCUCGGAGGGACAUCAUGCCACUUCUCAAGGGAAUGCGCAGGCCUGAUCCCUCGGACACCACCUUCGCCGCAUACGAGAGAGCAAACGAAGACCUCUACGCAAUCCUAUUCUGCCUCGUCGAACUGCCGGCUGCACUAACCGUACACAAGCACGAAGACGACACCGGCCUUAGCGGCGACGGGCAGGCAGCAUUCGCGGAACUGAAGGCCAACUACAAUCGAGUGACAGAUGAAGUGAUCAGGGCUAAACUGGACGACCUGGAAAGGACGGUCAUGGAGCCAGGAGAGAACCCGGACGAUUUUUUCAACAAGAAACACCGCCUCCGCUCUCAACUAGAGAAAAUGGGGGAAACCAUCUCCGAUCGCCGCUUCAAGGACAUCUAUGUGCAAGGUUUCUCCGAGGACUUCAAGGACAUCAAGAUUAUGGUUUUCCGCGACCCAUCAUUCGACAAAAUGGGGGAAACCAUCUCCGAUCGCCGCUUCAAGGAUAUCUAUGUGCAAGGUUUCUCCGAGGACUUCAAGGACAUCAAGAUUAUGGUUUUCCGCGACCCAUCAUUCGACGUACAACAGAUGCAAGCCACCAUGCGCAACAUCUUCCUUGACGAGCAAAUGCGCAAGAGGACCUAUGGCCAAAUCGCUGGUCGCGGAUUCGCCAUGGCUACCAAGACAUCUGGCCCCAUCUGCCUCGAGUGCAACGAACCGGGACAUGUCAGGAGGAACUGUCCAUGGCGGGAGAGCCACAUGGCAAAGAAGACGAAGCCUGCGGGAGCAACCAAGUGGUGCUCCGUCCACAACACCACUACACACUCCGACGAAGAGUGUUACAGCCAAGGAGCCAAGCGACCAGAACGCACGGGCAAGGCUUUCUCCGCGUGUACACACUGCAUGCACUGCUCAACCCACAACUACCCGUCAAGCUACAAGGUCUCAUCGUGCCNAUGGCGGGAGAGCCACAUGGCAAAGAAGACGAAGCCUGCGGGAGCAACCAAGUGGUGCUCCGUCCAUAACACCACUACACACUCCGACGAAGAGUGUUACAGCCAAGGAGCCAAGCGACCAGAACGCACGGGCAAGGCUUUCUCCGCGUGUACACACUGCAUGCACUGCUCAACCCAAGAUCGACUUCUCUUAGGACGCUGCACCAUCAACUACGACAAAGAACAGCAACUACCCGUCAAGCUACAAGGUCUCAUCGUGCCAAGACUAGGCCGGAAUAUCUUCGCACCAACGGCCCUUGUCAAGAAGGGCCUCCGAGGUGUCCUGGAAGACAAGACCCCACACCUCACCACCGGCGGAGAAGUCGUCGUGCCUCUGAAACAAGAGACUCAAGACCAAGGCAUGUGCACCCUCGCCAUCACAUUCAAGGGCGAUCCAGCGUCGACAAGCAAGACACCCCCGAACAACCAAGAACCAGGGCGCAAGCCGAAGUUCGGAAAACCAGAAGCGGUACAGAUCGAUCACACUCCGCACGCGACAUGCUCAGUGGCGAUGAGCGUGAGCGCCGACCUCUGGCACCGGCGCCUCGGCCACAUCAAUCCAAGUGCGAUGAAAAUUUUGCGGCGCAACCCCGCUACAGGUGUGAAAUAUGACGGACCUGUAUCCCCGUGCGACAACUGCCAAAUCACGAAGCACAAGAAGGCUCCCGUCCCGAAGAAGACCAGCCGUGUCCUGACCAAACCAGGCCAACUCGUCCAGUUCGACAACAUGGGACCAAUCGACCCGCCUGCGAAGUACAACGGACGUAACUACUCCUACGUCGCCAAAGCGACCGACUUCUUUACCAGAAUGCGGGAAGUGGAGUCUGCGAUCAAGCUGGAAUUCGCCGCGACCAACACGCCCCAAGAAAUCGGAGUGUCAGAAAGGGAUGGCCAGACACUUGCGGCUGUGACUCGAGCUCUACUGCGCGAUGGAGACUUCCCAAAACACAUGUGGGGGGAGCUCAUGAUGACUGCAGCAUACCUGACCAACAGGACCCCACACGCGGCGCUAGGGGGAGCCACGCCGUAUUCCAAGAUGUACAACACAACCCCGGACCUUUCUCGACUUCGUGCCAUCGGCGCCCGCGCGUUCGUUCAUCACGAGCGAUACAAGAAGAAGCUAGACGAUCGGGCCUUUGAAGGCAAGCUCUGCGGUUACGGACCUGACAGCAAGACGUACCGGAUCGACGUGGAGGGCAAAGACAAGGUCUACGAGAGCCGGAACGUGACUUUCGUCGAGACUCCACCCAACACCAUCCCCCCUCAUUCAUGGAACGGCACCAUCAAUGACCGACUCAUCAACUUCGGCUGGCAGCGCACUCACUCUGACCCCUGUGUCUACAUCUUCGUAAGCGGGGACGAACUCACAAUCCUCGCGAUCUAAGUCGAUGACAUACUCAUCACGGGCGGAAAG